GCCAUCGACGCGAUCGAUACUGGCUGUAAUAAUCGUAACAGCAAAUCAUCGGUCGGCGUGAUUAAUUGCGUACGAACAGCUGAGCGAGCAGCCGUACAAUUAAACAACUCACGUGGAUAAGCUCAGUGGGAUUUCAUCGAAUUUACUUGGAUUAGUAUGCGGUGGUUGCAAAUCACUUGCAACCAAUAAAACCAGCAAAACGGCGAACCAAAGCGAAUUUUUACACACCAAAACGCGCCCACGCCUGCAAUAUAGCGUGCGGUCACCAACAAAUAAAACAACAACACUAACAGCUGUAAGAACCACACAAAUACUACACACACGCACAAAGAAAAAUCUCAGCAGUCGGAGUAGAAGUAGCCGUCGCAUCCUCACACCUAAUCUCAUUUUGUUUAUAAUGACUUUACUAACAGUAUUCACAAGUGCCGUUGCGGCGCCCACCACCUCAACAACAACAAAAACAGCAGAAGCAGCAGCAGCAGCUCAUUCCACCGCACAGCAUACAGUAACUGCUGCAGUACCGGUGACAGCAACAUCAACAAAAGCUGCUGCAACAACAACCUCGCUAAAAAAAACCUCCCAAAAUACGAUCGAUGUGAGCAGCGGCAUUGUCUAUACGGCGUUGCAGGCACCCCUUGAGGGUUCGCGCCUGCGCAAGCGACAUAGUAAACGCCAUAGUAAUUGGUAUGAUUUUAUUAAUUUCAAUGAGAAUACCACCGAAUUGGAAUGGGUGAAUCCGUGUGGUGGCUUCUAUGUGCCGUCGGCGACGGAAAGCGUACGCACUAAGCGACGGAAGCAUCCAAAGCAGAUUUUUAACAUGCUCAAAAAGUCAGCUGGCAAUGAGUAUAAAAUGUUGAAAGCCGGCCAACAGGAUAUUGAUAUAAGCAAUAUACAAAUUUGGUCGCUGCACAAUAAGACUUAUAAAUUUCUGCCCAAAUUGAAGAGUAAUUCAACGAUCGCUUUAAAACGCUGGUAUCGCAACAUACAAUCGUAUGUCGCUUCGUUCGCUUACCUGCGACGCGUUCAACGUGCCUGGGAUAUGGCUAAAUUGCAACGUGAAAAUAGCACUGCACGCGAACUGAAAAUGUUGCUAUUCAGCGCGCGGCGUAUGCUUUGCGAAUUGGAGACAGCUAUCAAUGGCACAAUGCCAACACCGCGAGCGCUGCGCGGCAACCGUCUACCACAUGUGACGCGUAAUCAAAUGAAUAAGCGCUUAAAGCUCUAUACAAAGCGCCGUGCCGAACGCUAUCCGACAAUGUUACAGGAAGCCAAUAGCAUCGAUUUGAUGUGGGUUAAAUAUUAUUAUUAUGAUUUUUUGGAAACAAUGUGGAAGGUGUUGCGUCAAAAGACGAAGCGCCGCGGUCAAGUCGCAUUGGCGCAACAUCCAAAAGCGUACAACGAGGUGGAGAAGCAUUUUGGUAGCAUUGCGGCGGCGAUGACGCGGCAUGAAGCGGCGGCACCAAGUGGCAGCGUAGAUGGCAGCAGCGAAAGUGUGGAAAAGCGCGCUAAUGGCGGGCGGAUGGCGCAACUAAAGCGCGGCAACGCCGGCGGUAGUGGAAGUAGUAGUAAAGGUGCUAGUCACCGAAGAGUUACUACGGCGAGCACUGCUGGGGGUGCUGGUGGUGGCGGUGGUAGCAGAAGGCGGCCGGCGCAUGCGCGCACCAAUAGGCG